GACCAUGGCGGGCGAGCUUGAGGGUUCCAAACCUCUGAGUGGGUUGCUGAGCGGCCUGGCCCAGGAAGCUUUCCACGGGCAUCAAGGCAUCACAGAAGAGCUGCUGCGGAGCCAGCUCUAUCCAGACGUGUCACUGGAGGAGUUCCGCCCCUUUCUGGCUAAGAUGAGAGGGAUUCUUAAGUCAAUUGCAUCUGCAGACAUGGAUUUCAACCAGUUGGAGGCAUUCUUGACUGCUCAAACCAAAAAGCAAGGUGGGAUCACAUGUGACCAAGCUGCUGUCAUUUCCAAAUUCUGGAAGAGCCAUAAGACAAAAAUUCGAGAGAGCCUCAUGAACCAGAGCCGUUGGGACAGUGGGCUUCGAGGUCUGAGUUGGAGAGUUGAUGGCAAAUCGCAGUCAAGGCAUUCAGCUCAAAUACAUACCCCUGUUGCCAUAAUGGAGCUGGAAAUAGGAAAAAGUGGACAGGAAUCUGAAUUUCUGUGUUUGGAAUUUGAUGAAGUCAAGGUCAAUCAAGUCCUAAAGAAGCUGUCAGAGGUAGAAGAAAGUAUCAGCACACUGAUGCAGCCAGCCUAGCUGAAGAUGGAGUUGUUGAAGCAAAGGUGUUCAUGAUCCCUCCCCAGUGAGCUGGGGUGUUUUGUUGUUGUUUUGUCG